CGAGUCUCUGUGUCUAGGGAAUCUUGGGGUUCAGCUCCUUUUACUUCAAGAGAGCCUGAACUAAAUUAGUGCAAUUUUUAAAGCAUGGCCUGAAUGAUUCAGUGAUUAUCAAGUCAAACUACAAACGUAAACGGCUGCUACCACUGCCAACUAGGUCAAGGAGACUCUCCAAGGUGCCUAACUGGCGGCUGUCACCACCUGACUUGGUUUUGUUUGGCUACUUUGCUCUCCUGUGCAGUGUUACGAGCCUGCCUAAUGAGGAGAAAUCUGAAGACAUAAAAGCUACAGUCAAGGAACAUGUCAUUUAGCACCUUCACUUUUUGAUCCCUACAGAAGACAGUGAGAAGUCAGAUGGUAACAAUGACGACAACUUCAGUCAGCAGCUGGCCUUGCUCCUCCCAGGGAGUGCACUUUGUAACUAAUCACAGCGUCCAAUGGCCACACAACUUCUCAGGAGCCUCAAAUUUUACUGCCUGUUCCAUGGAUGAAAAAUUACUCUCUAAUGUGUUAACAACAUUCUACUCUGUUAUUUUCAUCGUGGGCCUCGUUGGAAACAUAAUUGCCCUCUAUGUAUUUCUGGGUAUCCACCGCAAAAGGAAUUCCAUUCAGAUUUACCUACUCAAUGUAGCCAUUGCAGACCUCUUACUUAUCUUCUGCCUCCCUUUCCGAAUAAUGUAUCACAUUAACCAAAACAAGUGGACACUAGGUGUGAUUCUUUGCAAGGUUGUGGGAACACUAUUUUAUAUGAACAUGUACAUUAGCAUUAUUUUGCUUGGAUUCAUCAGUUUGGAUCGCUACAUAAAAAUUAAUCGGUCUAUACAACAACGGAAGGCGAUAACAACCAAACAGAGUAUUUAUGUUUGCUGUAUAGUAUGGAUAAUUGCCCUUGCUGGAUUUUUAACUAUGAUUAUUUUAACCCUUAAGAAAGGAGGUCAUAAUUCCACUAUGUGUUUCCAUUAUAGAGAUAAGCAUAAUGCAAAAGGAGAAGCAAUUUUUAACUACAUUCUUGUGGUAAUGUUCUGGCUAAUUUUCCUACUAAUAAUCCUUUCCUAUAUUAAGAUUGGCAAGAAUCUAUUGAGGAUUUCUAAAAGGAGGUCAAAAUUUCCUAAUUCUGGCAAAUAUGCCACUACAGCCCGGAAUUCCUUUAUUGUGCUUAUCAUUUUUACUGUAUGUUUUGUUCCCUAUCAUGGCUUCCGAUUUGUCUAUAUUUCUUCACAGCUAAAUAUGUCAUCUUGCUAUUGGAAGGAAAUCGUUCACAAAACCAAUGAGAUCAUGCUGGUUUUCUCAUCUUUUAAUAGCUGUUUAGAUCCAGUCAUGUAUUUCCUGAUGUCCAGUAACAUUCGCAAAAUAAUGUGCCAACUUCUUUCUAGACGGUUUCAAGGGGAAGCAAGCAGGAGUGAAAGCACUUCAGAAUUUAAACCAGGAUACUCCCUGCAUGAUACAUUCGCUACAGCUAAAAUUCAGUCUACUUCUUAAAGCACUUACGGUAAACAUAUUAAAAAGAAUGAUAAAACACAGCCUAAUUCCUUGAAGAACAAAAAAUUAUGAAACAAAGCUCUAGCAUUUACAAAGCUUAGAUCCUCCCAAAGUUCUUUGCUUAUUUGUGAUAUUUCAUUUGCUUAAUUACAAAAUAUUUUAAGUGCAAGCUUACACUCACCACUAGAUUUUAAAUCUGUAUAUAAAAUCUUUUAGGCUAACACUGUUAACAUAGAUUAUAAAAUUAAAUGAAAUUUAUGGUUUUAACCACAGAAUAAUUAAAGAAAAUGUUAUAGUUUCUCAAGUCACUAAAGUAGCUAUUCAAAAUCAAGUACCUAAUACUAAUUUAAAGUGUGCUUAAAAGUUAACCGAUUUGAGGACCGACUUAAAAUGUCAGAAAAUAUGUUCAUUGUCAUUUAAAAAGCUUGUAUAAUUUGCCACUGUAUUCAUUUAUGUCUAAACCUCUAUUAACAGAUGAAAUAAUAAAAUUCUGAUAAAAAAUGAAAUCACCCACUAUCUAUCACUGCUUAGUACAAUAGGUGAGCUAAAAUUCAAUAGCCUAGCGACAGUACUUAAGACUGCACCUUACUUAAAACAGAUUUAUAAACAAUUCGGCCAUCGUGGACCAUACACUUUGAUAAAGUGAAAUUGAAGAUGUGUACACCCUGUGAUCCAGCAAGUCCACUACGAGGUAUACAUCUUACAGAACCACUCAAACAUGUAUACAAGAAAACGUGUAAAGAUGCUCAGUGACCUACUGCUCACAAUACUAAACAAAUGUAAACAACCUAAGUAUAAGUAUGCAUCAGCAAAGGAAUGGAGAAAAAAACUUCAUCUGCAUGCAUCAACGUGGAGAAUUGGCAAAAAUAAUGUUGAAUAAAACCCAAAAACUGCAAAGGGGUAUGUACCCUAUGAGAUCACUUAUGUAAAAUACAAAACCACAUAAAACAAUACCGUAUUCUUUACAGAUCUAUACAUAUGCAAUAAAAAUAUAAAACAUACGUCAUAAUAUACACAAGCAUAUAUACCAACUUAAGGUUAACGGUUACAU